AAAGCAUCUCGGAAAGAUUCCAAUUGGGUAGGGCAGAAGGAAGCAGGGAUGUGGAGGGCUAUGGCCGCUGGUGGCGCGCUGCGAAGAGCGCUAGGCAGCUCGCGGCUGCGCGGCGGUGGCGCCGCUCACGCCGAGAAGAGCGAAUGGGAAUCGAUCAAGGAAUGGUGGGGGCCGGGGGAUCGCGAGCCGUGUGGGCGGCUCUUCAACGAGACGCCGCCGCCGCCGGGGCAGCGGCGCAAAUGGGAGGAUUGGGAGUUUCCCUAUUACACCGCCUGGACGAUCGCGAUUAUCAUGCUCACGGUUGGGCUUAGCUCCAAGCCCGACACUCGGAUCGAUCACUGGGCGCGCAGGCAGGCGAUUAUCCGCAUGCGCAAGGAGGGAUUUGUGGAGCCCGAGUUUCUGGACAAGCUGGAGAACGAUCUCAAGCGCCACUAACAGCUCCCGAGUGGUACGUUUGCUCGAAUAAAGAGAGGGGACCGCGUGGGAGAGGAAAAAACCAGUUUUUCUUCCUGGAAAAUAUAAUGCAGACAAAGACAUCGCUUGAGAUUUCUCU